UCUUGGGCACUGCUAGCUCUUAUCCCCUUACUGCUCUGGUGAUUGUCUGGACCCCCCCUUUCGGGAAACCAUGGCCGAGCAGGCCUCGGGAUCCUCUCCGUCGUCCCAACAUGACGAGGUGCUCCAGCAGCGAGUGGCGGCUCUGGAGCAGGAGCGGGCCGAGUUCAUCAAACUCAAGCAGCAGCUGGAGGCCGAGUUCAACCAGAAGAGAGCCAAGUUUAAAGAGCUCUACCUGUCCAAGGAAGAGGAGCUAAAGAGGCAGACGGCAGCGCUGGAGGGCGCCCAGACCGAGCUGAGCUCCAUCCAGGCCCAGCUGUCUCAGGCCCGGGCCGAGAUAGAGACCAUCAAAGCCGUGGCCACCGUGUCGGAAAACACCAAGCAGGAAGCCAUCGAUCAGGUCCGCAGCCAGUGGCAGGAGGAGGUGGCUUCGCUGCAGGCCAUCAUGAAAGACACAGUUUGUGAGUAUGAGGUCCAGUUCCACCAGCGUCUGGAGCAGGAGCGAGCCCAGUGGAACCAGUAUCGCGAGGCAGUGGAGAGGGAACUGGGAGAGCUGAGACGCCGCCUCACCGAAGGCCAGGAGGAGGAGAACCUGGAGGACGAAAUGAAAAAAGCGCAGGAGGAUGCGGAGAAGCUGCGUUCAGUGGUGAUGCCCAUGGAGAAGGAGAUCGCAGCCCUAAAAGCCAAACUGACAACAGCUGAGGACCGCGUGAAGGAACUGGAGGCCUCUAAGGUCAAGGAGCUCAAUCAUGUUCUUGAGGCGGAGAAGUCGUGUCGCACCGACCUGGAGAUGUACGUGGCCGUGUUGAACACUCAGAAGUCUGUCCUGCAGGAAGACGCAGAGAAGCUACGGAAAGAGCUUCAUGAAGUCUGUCACAAGCUGGAGUUGGAGCGGCAGCAGCACAAUCAGCUCAAACACACAUGGCAGAGAGCCAACGAUCAGUUCCUGGAGUCUCAGCGUCUCCUCAUGAGGGACAUGCAGAGGAUAGAGAGCGUGCUGUCCUCUGAGCAGCUCCGCCAGGUGGAGGAGAUGAAGAAGAAAGACCAGGAGGAGGAUGAAAAAGAGCGGCUGAGCCAAGUGAAGGAGCUGCACGAGGAGGACGGAGGAGACAACACGGAGCCUUUGGAGGACUUAUUCCUGGGGCUGAGCGUCGAGGAGCCGCAUGCCAACCACAGCGCCCAUGGCUCUAUGCACUCUUUAGACACUGAUGUGGUUGCGGGGGGCCCCAUGGACCCCUACAAGGAAAACCUGCGGAGAGUCCAGUCGACAGACAGCCUUGGAUCCUCGCUGUCUACUCAGCAGGGCCUCGGCGGCCAAAACCACAAAGCCAAGUCAGCCAGCCACUUGGACGAAUCGGACUUUGGGCCCUUAGUGGGGGCCGACUGUGGGGCCACAGACAGUAGUUUCGGUGAGACCUCGUCCAUCAGCUCUAUAAAGCUGACGGCGAGCCACUUCCUGCUGACUAAAGAUCAGGAGAAGGCCAUUAAAGCCAUGACACCUGAGCAGGAGGAGACGGCGUCGCUGCUGUCCAGCAUCUCUCACGCGCCCGACACCGCAUACUUACCGCCUGUAGGCUACCGACUCGUCAGUGACAGCGAGUGGAACCUGCUGCAGCAAGAGGUGAAGAAUGCUGGCAGGAAGCUCGGCCGACGUUGCGAUAUGUGCUCCAACUACGAGAAGCAGCUGCAGGCCAUCCAAGGACAAGAGGCUGAGACACGAGACCAGGUGAAGAAGCUGCAGGUGAUGCUUCGUCAGGCCAACGAUCAGCUGGAGAGGACGAUGACUGAGAAACAGAGUUUGGAAGAUUCAGUCAAAGCAGGCAAUGAGGAAACUGCUGCUAAGGUGUCAGCCCUCGUGCAGAGAGUCCAGGAGUCAGAAACGCUGCUCAGCACACUACAACAGGCCUUCAGUGAAGCCAAGAGGAACACACAGGAGCAGAUGGUGGUACUGGUGCAGUCGAGGGAGCAGGUGGCAGACGAACUAAGCCGACUACAGAGAGACAACGACAGCCUACAGGGAAAACACAGGCUGUAUGUAGAGCUGCAGCAACAAGAAGACUUCCAGAUGCCCAACACUGUGCAAGAACUACAAGGCAUGGUGGUGCUGCUUCGCGAGGACAUGGUGUCGGUACGGACGGCGGCUGAUCACAUGGAGGAGAAGCUGAAAGCGGAGAUCCUGUUUCUGAAGGAGCACAUCCAGGCAGAGCAGUGUCUGAAGGAGAACCUGGAGGACACGCUGCAGCUGGAGAUCGAGGGUUGUAAGGAGGAGAUAGCGUCGUUCUCCAGUUUGAAGACGGAGCUGGAGCGAAUAAAAGCUGAGAAGGAGCAGCUGCAGAGAACUCUAGCAGAGAAGACUGAGACACUGGAAAGCAUCCAAGCCCUGAGGAUCAACCUGGAGCAGCAGCUUAAAGAGCUCACCACGGCAAAGAGUGCACUAGAGGGUCAGGUGUUCGAGGAGAAAGACAAAUCCCAGCGGCUGCAGACGGAGCUGGAUGUCAGCGAACAGGUUCAGAAGGACUUCGUCAAACUUUCUCAGACUCUUCAGGUACAGCUGGAGCGAAUACGACAGGCGGACUCCUUGGAUCGAAUCAAAGUAAUCCUCAAUGACACCAACUUGACUGACAUCAACCAGCUUCCAGAGACAUGAUGAUGCCACUUGAAUGAAAACUGCCUUCACAGUUUCAUCCCACCCUCCCCCUUCCACCCCCUCCCCCCUCCUCCCUCUUUUCUCUAUCACUGGCCCGAUAACGUUAUUGACCCUAACCCCCCAAGCCCCUCCUCCUCCCCAUAACCACUGUGGAAGAAGUUUGGAGGGACAAGGACAGAAAUGGCCUUUUUUUGUGUACAUUUUAAGAGUCUUUGAACACACCGUGGAUAGAAUAAUGAAGAAGAACACUACUAAAAAAAAAAAAAAAGAAAGAAAAAAAGAAAUUGUAAAUAACUAAAUGUCUGUCUAUGGACGGAGGGAACGGAAGUCCACCUUCCUGUGGGUCUGUUUAUGUCUUGUUUCUACUGUAGAUAUGACUGUCUGUAUUAGCUCAACCAAAAAAAAAAAAAGGUUUGUCAUCUUCUUUAAAGCACUUUCCAUCUGAAACAGGUAAACAGACAACAAUUUGGAUGCAUAGUUUUUUUCUCCUUCUGUUCCCAAAGUGGUUGAUAAUCGCUUCCUCGUUCCACUCCCAUGUUCUUUCCGUGUGUUUUGUGGAGUUUUUUCCUGUUUUGUUUUUUUUCUCUCCCACCCUCUCUGGCUAUUUUUUUUCUGUGACAUUUUCCACCUUGUUCGAGUCAUUUCACCCACGUUUCCACAUAUGACAAAGUCACGAUGAAGGAAAAUUCAUGGAAAAUACUUGCACAUAACUUACUGGGAUAUAAAAAAAAAGAAAAAGAAAAAAGGAACAUAACACAAUGCAAGCAAUACCCUCCAUUUCUUUAAAUAUCCUCCACUUUUUUUCUGGCUUUCUGGUUCUCGCUCUUAACGUCUUGACAGAGGCUUUUUUUUUUU